AUGGGCUGGCGGCUGCUGCCCGCCCUCCUCCUCCUGGCCCUGGCGCUGGGCGGCCCCGCGGCGAGGGCGCAGAACGACACGGAGCCCAUCGUCCUGGAGGGCAAGUGCCUGGUGGUCUGCGACUCCAACCCGGCCACCGACGCCAAGGGCUCGUCCUCCUCCUCCCCGCUCGGCAUCUCCGUGCGGGCGGCCAACUCCAAGGUCGCCUUCUCGGCCGUGAGGAGCACCAACCACGAGCCCUCCGAGAUGAGCAACAAGACGCGCAUCAUCUACUUCGACCAGAUCCUAGUAAAUGUGGGCAAUUUUUUCACAUUGGAAUCUGUCUUUGUAGCACCAAGAAAAGGAAUUUACAGUUUCAGUUUUCACGUAAUUAAAGUCUAUCAGAGCCAAACAAUACAGGUUAAUUUGAUGCUAAACGGAAAGCCAGUCAUUUCUGCUUUUGCUGGGGACAAGGAUGUCACACGUGAAGCUGCCACUAAUGGAGUCCUGCUCUAUCUAGACAAGGAGGAUAAGGUUUACCUGAAACUGGAGAAAGGUAAUCUGGUCGGUGGAUGGCAGUAUUCUACGUUUUCUGGCUUUCUGGUCUUUCCCCUGUAA